UUGUAACAUGUAUUAAUAUUUUAUUAGUUAAAUCUAUGGUCAAAAUCUGAUACAAAUACGAAGGAGACUAAUAAAUCAUGACGGAGGUAGUACCCGCUACACUACCAGGAAAGUACAUAAAAAGUUACAAUUGAUCCAAACAAGGCCAAAUGUUAUCACAUGAAAACUAAAUACACUUUCACAUCAAAAGAACACACUAAUCUGAUGCUAGGAUGAGAACGCCGCGAAUAGGAUACACCAACACACCAAAAUUAGCAAGUUGGCCGUCACCCACGUUUUCUGGCACCCAGCCGACAAGCACAAAACGCGGUUAAAAAGAUACUUCAUGCAUGCCCAUGGGCCGUGAGCUGAUGGAGGGAAGCUGCCUUUUCUUUGCUUAACGCUGCAAACCCCCUACACGUCUACACCGAGGAGUCACGCUACACGCGUCGGCCGGGGAGCGGUCCAGCGCCGCACACCACAAGCUGUCCCCGCGCCGACGGGCAAAGCCGUCGCCUUUCACCGCGUACCGCAAAACUAUAAAUAAGCACACUCUAGGCAAGCCACUGGUUUACUUAGUACUCCAAGUCUCAUAGCCACCAAGGCAGCAGCCAUCACGCCUCCUACUCCAGCCAGCCAACUAGCCUAGCAAAAGUACGUACGACCGCCUAGCUUGCUCGGCAGAGCGGCAAUGGACACGGGCCCCGAGCGCAACUGGAACUCGCCGGCAUCCCCGCCGUCCUCGCUCGAGCAGGGGAUGCUGACGUCGCCUGCGUCGCCGACGCCGAAGCGCCCCGCGGGGCGCACCAAGUUCAAGGAGACGCGCCACCCGGUGUUCCACGGCGUGCGCCGCCGGGGCAGCAACGGCCGGUGGGUGUGCGAGGUGCGCGUGCCGGGGAAGCGCGGCGAGCGGCUCUGGCUCGGGACGCACGUCACCGCCGAGGCGGCCGCGCGCGCGCACGACGCCGCCAUGCUCGCGCUGUACGGCCGCACCCCCGCCGCGCGCCUCAACUACCCCGACUCGGCGUGGCUGCUCGCCGUGCCCUCCUCCCUCCCCGACCUGGCGGACGUCCGGCGCGCCGCCAUCGGGGCCGUCGUGGACUUCCUGCGCCGGCAGGAGGCGGGCGCCAGCGCCGGCGCCGGCGCCGAGGUGGCCCACGUCGACGGGAUCGCCUCCGCCGCGUCGGCGCCAGACAAUGCCAGCUCGUCGGCGGCGGCAUCCCACUCCCAGCCGCCAUGCGCCAAUGCGGGGUUCGAGGUGCCGGACGCAUUGUGCCACGACAUGUUCGAGCUCCACACGUCCGGCGAAAUGGACGCGGGCACGUACUACGCGGACCUCGCGCAGGGGCUGCUCCUGGAGCCGCCGCCGCCGCCGUCCAGCGGGGCGAGCUCGGAGCACGGAGAUGAUGCGGCGCUAUGGAACCACUGAUGACACCGAGGGACUCCGGUCAAAACUAUCUUCGCUACUAUUACGUUGAUUUAUUUCUUUAUUAUUUAUUCCGAAAAAGCGCCCCGUACGUGGACCUAUGGUCGGCAUAAUAAAAUGGCGGGAUAUUUGGGCGCAUCAAAAUCGGCCUCA